AUGGUGAACGCCGUCAAAGUUUUCAAGAAGACUGCACCUAAUGGUAAAGUCACCGCGUACCUAAGUCGGCGGGACUUCGUGGACCACAUCACCCACACCUCCCCCGUGGACGGUGUGGUUGUUGUGGACCAUGAUUACCUGCGAGGAAGGAGGGUCUUCGCGCGCGUGGCGGUCACGUACCGCUACGGCCGCGAGGAGGAUGAGGUCAUGGGACUAAACUUCAGCAAGGAGCUCGAGCUGGUUAACGUCGAGGUCGCCCCGAACGCUGGCCAGAUCCAGACGAAUGAUGUCCAGGAACGACUCAUCAAGAAACUAGGCAGCAACGCCUACCCGAUCAGCGUCUCUCUCCCGGAUAACGCCCCGUGCUCGGUCACUCUGGACAACGGGGAUGAGUCAUCUAGCCAUCCUAUGGGUGUGAUCUACGAACUGAAGUUGUACGUGGCUGACAGCAAGGAGGAACGUCCUCAUAAGCGGAACUCCGUCAGCUUCGCCGUCCGCAAGGUCCAGUACGCCGUCCCGGAGAUCAGCAACCGCCAGCCCCAAACGCUGGUCAGCAAGAGCUUCACGCUCUCUCCUGGCAAGAUAAACCUCGAGGUGAACCUCGACCGUGAGCUCUAUUUCCACGGCCAACCUGUUGAGGCUCAUCUGUCGAUCAACAACGGCUCAAGGAAGACUGUCAAGAACAUCAAGGCUCAGGUCGUGCAACACGUGGAAGUGACCAUGACCAACAACCAGUUCAGCCGAGUCGUGGCCUCGCUCGAGUCUCGCGAAGGAUGCCCCAUCACCCCGGGCUCCAACCUCAGCAAGGCCCUCACCCUCAACCCCAUCGCCUCCGUGAACAAGCGACGCUUCGGCAUCGCCCUCGACGGCCAAAUCAAGGACCAGGACGCCAACUUGGCAUCCUCCACUGUGGUUGCCGCAGGAAAGAACAUCAACGACGCCCUCGGUGUGAUUGUCUCCUACUCCGUCCGUGUGAAGCUGAACUGCGGCGCCAUUGGCGGUGAGCUGACUGCCGACCUGCCCUUCAAGCUGAUGCACCCCGACCCCUCCGCCACCAAGACAACCAUACGCAAAAUGCAAUCCACUGACAAUUUCGAAUUCGAGGACUUCGCUCGCCUUCGUCGCGGCCAGUCCGUAGCCGAUGAUUGA